AUGUCCACCCCCUCCUCCUUUCUCUACCCCUCCCCCUCCCCCUCCGCCCUCCAACUCCACUACAUUGGCAAAUCCCUCUCAGAAAUCCAACCUCCCGCUGCAAUUCUCGAUUUGGCCGUCAUUCGUCGUAAUUGUCAACACAUGUUGGAAACGACGAAAAAAUUGCAAGUGGGAUUUCGGGCACAUGUGAAGACACAUAAGACAAUCGAACUCUCCCGCUAUCAAGUCGGACUCAACAGCAACUCUCUCAAAUUCGUCGCUUCUACCAUUUCGGAAAUCGAGGGUUUACUUCCUUGGUUAUUGGAAGAAAAUCGAAAUCGAAAAGAAGAAGAAGAAGAAGAAAUUUCCAUCCUCUACGGUCUGCCUUUUACACCUUCUUCUCUACCUCGACUUGCGCAAAUUGCUCGAUUAAAAACAACAAAAAAUCCAUCAAGUGUCAUAGGCCUCUUCGUCGAUUCGCCAGAACAUAUUCAAUGUUUAAUUUCUUUUCUCGAAAACAACAACCACACCAACGAAAAUUCAACCGAAAAAGAAAAAGAAAUCUGGCCCCUCCCCAUCCCCCUCUACAUCCCCAUCGACGUCGGAGAUCAUCGAGAAGGCAUUUCUCCGCACCAUUCGUCGACACAACUUGUUCGAAUUGCUGCGAUUUUACACAAAUACACUACAAAAACAAAACACGCGUCGAAUAAUACAAAUACAACAAACAAAAUCAAGUUAGCAGGCUUCUAUACCCAUCGAGGAGGCAGUUAUUCUGCUUCGAAUCCUCAAGAGGCUUUAGGGUUCAUGAAGGAAGAAUUGGUGGGGUUAUACGAGGGUGCGAAGCAGGGAGGAGGAAAAGAGGGAAGAGAAGAGGGAAGAGAAAAAGAAGAAAGAAAAAUGGUACUUUCACUCGGAGCGACUCCUACUGCGACGGCGAUUCAGAAUCUCGUGUGGGAGGAGGAGGAGGGGAAUGAGACUACAGAGGCAGUGAGGAAAUAUCGGGAUAUUCUAAAACAGGUGCAGGAGAAUUUCGAGGUGGAAUUUCAUGCUGGUGUCUAUCCAGUCAUGGAUAUGCAACAGCUCGCGACCCGGGCACGACCGCAUCAGAGCCCCAUCUCGGGCCAGAGUCUGCUGUCAUUUUCCGAUCUGGGCUUUCGCAUACUCGUCGAAGUGGCGAGUUUGUACUUUGAUCGGGGCGAGAAGCCCGAGGCGCUGAUCGCGGCAGGUGGCAUCGUGUUCGGCCGAGAGCCAUGUAAGAGCUACCCUGGCUGGGGUGUCGUGACACCCUGGCCAGCGACUUCGGGACAAGUGUAUGAUCCAGAAGGCGACCGGACCGGCUGGAUUGUCGGAAGAAUCUCCCAAGAACACGGCAAUCUGACUUGGGAGGGUUCGCAGGACCAGUUCCGCAAGCUGGAGCUGGGAGAGAAGUUGCUGGUCUGGCCCAACCACGCGUGUAUUGCUGGUGUCAACUUUGGAUGCUAUCUGGUUGUUGACUCGGACCAAGCUGAUCCAGAUCGCAUCCAAGACGUGUGGGUGCGAUGGCGCGGAUGGUAGUGGUGUUGUUGUUGUUGUUCAGCGUAUGCCGAAUCUCUUUUCAUCGUCAACACAGUGAGUGCCUAGGUAGGCAUUGUUCCGGGACAGUCGUGGUUAUUCUGCGCGUUGUGCUGCAGAGUUGAGCUCGGCAGUCAGUUGGGCGCCGAGACUCGCCUCGCUAUGCUUCUCAUCAUCCUCCUCGUCGACGUUGUUGUGGUCUUCAUCUUGAUGGUCUUCGUCUUCAUCAACAACAUCAAUUCCAUUCAUUUCCGCCAGCUUAAUCAGGAUGUGACGUUGCGCUUCCAGCUUCUUCUCCAGCCUCGCCUCGGCAGCUUCCCGUUCCUUGCGACUUUCAUGGUGAAAGGUGGCGCUGCUGGACCGCCACUUCUCCUCGCGGGCGUGCACUUUAUCGGCACUGGUCUUCCGGCAGUGUUCCAGCCACGGGAUGAGUUUCGAGAUGUUGGAGAGUUCGGUCAUGUUGGUGGCACAGGCGGAGUUGAUGCUGAGGCCAAUCACAUCCUGCAUGGUGUCGAGUUUCUUCUCUACGUGGUCCAGAUCCGCCUUUUGCGCUUUGCCAAUGGCAUUGAUGGAAUCAAAGAGCCAUCCGCCUUGUCUCGUCCAUUCGUCGUGCCAGGUCUUCAUGAAGGUAUGGAGGUCGUCGAGGCGCUGCGGCACGGUAGACAGGGCAGAUGUACUGGCACUGCCAUCUCCCGUGGAGGGUUGGUCUGUCCUGGCUCGCUUGGUCGGUCUGGGGUCGGCAUGGUCGCGGGGCCUGCUCGUGGAUGCUGCUCCUGCUGAUCGAGAGCUUCCGGCGUCAGUGGGGGCGGGGAGGGGCGCGGAUGGAGGAUUGGUCGUCGUCGUUGCGGCGAAUGAGUCGGGGUCGAAGUGGGAGUCGGUCACGUCGACGGUAUAGACGUAGGAUUUCGGGGGACGAGAUAGGACAUUGAAGUUGAUGGUGGCCACGAUCUGCACCGGAUGGCCCUCCAAUUGUUGCAGGUCCUGGUGGAGGGCAGUGAGGGCGCUGCGGAGGUUGUUGCGGCGGUCAAUGGUGGCAUUCAGUAGCUUCCUGUCGCCGGUGAAGUGAUGCUCGAC